UUAAAUAAAAUAUAAUGGUAAAUACGUGUCCACAUUUAAUUGCGGAAUUUUUUCAUAAAGCACCGACAAAUACACUUGGAGGCAGCAGAAUCCAUUAUCCAAACGGAAUACCGGACAACGACGUUCAACCAAACAAGCCCUACGUUUGUUCCAUUCAAACAAAACAAUUUCCACGUGUCACAUCUCAAAACCUCCACCCAUCAUCGUCCGCCACGAAACAGAAACCCUCGAAAGAUAUCGCCGCCCCAUUUCCGCCGGUGGUCCCUAAUUUCACUUUCCCCAUUUGCAUAUACAUACGCCUCUUCGACACACUUCGUAUGGCUUCUUCGUCUCGCGUAUUCUCCUCUUACUUACGCACGCUUUGCAGUCUACCUUUUCGACGAUCGUCGCCGGGAAUUCCGUUGAGUUCAAGCUUUUUCAUUGGUAAAUCGGGUUUUGGAUCGCUGAGAUUGACUUCGAAUUUGAGGAAAUUUGAGUGCAGAACAAGAGCGUCCAUGGCUGAGAUUAUAACUCCGAAAAGCAAAGGGAAAGUACAAGUGUUUGAUGCAGAGGAUGAACUGGCGGUUUCACUUGCGAAAUACACAGCCGAUCUAGCGAAUAAAUUCUCCAAAGAGAAAGAUUCUUUUACUGUGGUAUUGUCCGGUGGUUCUCUCAUUAAAUCCCUCAGGAAAUUGGUGGAGCCACCGUUUAUUGAUUCAGUGGAUUGGUCGAAAUGGCAUGUAUUCUGGGUGGAUGAGAGAGUUGUUCCUAAGGAUCAUCCUAAUAGCAAUUAUUUUCUUGCUUACAAUGAUUUUCUAUCCAAGAUACCGAUCCCUUCGGGUAAUGUGUAUGCCAUAAAUGAUGCAUUGGCAGCAGAGGCCGCAGCGGACGAUUAUGAAACCUGCCUCAAACAUUUGGUGAAGAGCAAGAUCAUUGAUCAAUCUGAGAUCACCGGAUUUCCUAAAUUCGAUCUUAUAUUAUUGGGCAUGGGUCCAGACGGGCACGUAGCUUCUCUUUUCCCAAGCCAUCCUCUUGUCCAUGAAAACACGAAAUGGGUUACCUGUAUAAAGGAUUCGCCGAAACCCCCUCUUGAGAGAAUAUCCUUCACAUUACCAGUGAUCAAUGCAUCUGCAUAUAUCGCACUUGUAGUAGCCGGAGCCAGUAAAGCCAAUUCCGUUCAUGCUGCACUGGGUCCUGGACCGAGUUCUGAUAUUUGGGAUCUUAACAAUGAAAAGAAACUGGGUGACAUGAAUCCAGUAACAAUGACAGAGAAAUAA